AUGCUGGGCCCACUCGUAAAAGCGCAACUCGUGGCCCUUCUGACCAAAAAGGUGAGUAUCGUACGAACGACUGUUGUCCAUGGCUCGAUCGCCACUCGUCGUCCCGAGUCAGCUGCUCAUCGUUUCCCCCCGUGUAUGCACGUCUUGCAGUUGUUGGACUCGCCCACGUUCGUCAAAGGAGUAGAAAACCUACAUGGAACGUUCUCGAAUGCGACUGAGAAGGCGUACGACACUCUGUACCAAGCUACAAGUCAGUCCCUGCGCUUGCGACGCCGUUCGGCCAUGCUCCCGUACUUCAUGGGCGGCCCUAUUCUCAGUGCUUUCACGCGCUGAGCUAAUCCGUCCUCGUUCUUCCCACAGUCGAAGCGGAGAAGAAUGACCCUUCCAAACCUACCCCGAAACCGUUGGCGCAGGACGAGUCUCGCCCUACGCCGGAUCAGCCGAUCAAGGUGCAGAACGACGAGCUACGGAGAUUGAUCGAAAAGACCAAACGGGACCUCGCCAAACGAAGCUGA